CAAGACGGUCCGCGUGCGAGUCUCACGGCGCCGAAUGGUUCCUCGCAAAGGGCGCUCAUCGAGGCAGUAAAGAGUGGUGGCGCGUCAAGGUAUGCUCUCGAAGCGCACGGCACGGGCACAGCGCUUGGAGACCCAAUCGAGGUAUCUUUCCUGGGGAUGAUGUCCAUAUGA